UAUUUCAGCAACGACGAAAGUUUCUGAAAUCAGUAAAGGGUUUUGGGAUAAUUAUAUUUCAGAUUUAACAUUGCAAAAAUAUAGUUCACUUUCUUCGAUAUUUGAACGAUUGUUUCAGGAUUUGUUGAUGAAAUUUCAAUAAAUAUGAAGGAUCUUAUCAUUGUAAAUUUUAGCAUUAUGCAACUUGAGCAUUUUAAAUCUCCCAGGUUGCAUUUCCAUUUACCAUUUUUCAAUUUUAAAUUAACUUUAAUAAAUUCUAUAUCAAUGUUUAGAGUUUGGUUGUGAGAGAAAGAUUGUCACUAUCUCUGUUUUAUUUAUACUCAACAGAUGGCGGAUAAAUACUUCAGACUUGUGUGUUUUGUGGUGAACAUAUGUCCAGAACCUCUAAGAGAAUUUUUCAUCAAGCUUGCUAAGGAUGAUUCUAGCAUAUCUUAUACGGGCAUCGGUGCAUACCUUUCUCAUAGACACCCAGACGUGUUGAAACUUAAGAGGAAGAGAAAGAUUAGAGAUGAUCAGUAUGACUUACUGUAUCCUGUUCAAGGCACCGCUGAUGUAAACAAGUGGGAUGUUACCCUUCUUAUUACAUUGAUUACAGAAAUGUUUGAUGCAAGUCUUCAGCCAAUGCAAACAUAUCUUAUGAAUGAAAUUCGUGGGAUAAGAAACCAAUUGCAGCAUCUUCCAAACACAUCAAGCAUGUCCGACAAAGAUUUUGAUAUCUAUUGGGGACGCCUUGAUACAGCGGCCAUGACUUUAGCUAAGGAGAUGUUUAAUGCUACACAUGAAGCUGAGUUUCGCCAGAAAAUUUGUGAUGCUAAAACUAGUCACCUACCAGAUCUUGGUGAUGCUUUACGGAUAUGGUAUGAAGAAACAAUUCGGCAAAUGGCGGACACAAUUCAGGAAAUGAAAAUCAAAUUAGAUGAAGUUGGAUCCAAUACAAAAGAAACAAUGUCAAUUCUAAGGAAGGUGACUGUAGAAAAACCAGGGCCUGCAGGGGACAAAAACAAAAUAUUAAAAACUGCAGACAGCAUCCUGAUGAGUCUUCAAGCAAGUUUUGAAACAACAAUGAAGGAAUUACCAGAAGGUUUCAAUGCACCUUCAGAAGUUGCCGACAUCCGAACAAAGCUAAGGGAUAGUCAUCACGUGAUUGUGACCGGAAGUGACAACAGUCGUUACUUUGAAACAACUCUUGCAGCCAUAAAAGGAAUGGAUUAUAAUUACAAACGAAGUGUCGAAAUGCAUGAGUCUUCGGACUGGCGCCAUAUCGAUCCUAAAGAUGUUGAUUUGGUCCUCUGCAGAAAUCCGUUUGGAAGUUUUUCGUAUGAUGGAAACAAGGCUAAAAGUAUGGAUGAUAUAUUCAACAGGAUGAUGCAUACUACGAAAGGAGACGGUGACAACAGUUUAGACAUAAUCAUGAUAACAGACUCGAAGAUUCUGGCGGAAUGCAAACAAUUCCAUGAUCACGACAUCCUUGAAGACGUUGUCAAGGUGUUUGAUAAUACAAGCGAGACUCAUCCGGUAGACCUUACACAUGAGUGCAGAAAUCAAGAUGUGCACUCAACUUGCUCAGCAGUUAGCAACAACUUGAAAGUCAUGACCAGCAACCUCCUGAAGCAAUAUAGAAUCAGCAGCAGUCAAGUUGACGAAGAAAUCCUCAGAAAAGCUAGGCUUAAAUUCAAGUCAAAUAAAGCAAUUGUGUUGACAGGCCCUAAGAAAUGCGGAAAGACAUCAGUAGCAGUCGCCUUAGCUUCUUCUUAUGAUCCAUCACAGUGUAUACUUCUGACUGAAUCAAACGAUUUCAAGACAAUUGAUUUAAAGAAUACCUGUUUGGUAAUCAUUGAUGAGUUUGCCGGAAAGUACUGUUACGAUGAGAAAGACGUGUAUAAAUGGUACAGUAUGUUUGACCAUUUGUAUAAUACCAUAACGGCAGGACAGAUGAACGUGAUAAUCACGUGCGAAAAAAGCAAACUGGACAAAUGUUGCGACGAGGUUUCACCACACCCAGUGCUUGAACACAGAGUAAGCAUUCCCGAACGAACCAUUGUCAUCAAACAAGAGAUACUUCAAAGUACAGAACUUGUUACAGAUCCGCUGUCUCCGAUUCAUGGGCAUCAAAGAGUAACACAUAAUCGGGCAAACAUUCCAGAUGCACAGGGAUUAACAAGUUCACAUGUAUGGUCAAUCAAGGAUAAACAUAAGCGUAAAACCCGGGUAAAAGGUGACAGAUAUGUAUGUGAUAUCCAAGGUUGUUGCCUUUUACCUUCUGGAGAGAUUCUGUUAGCAGACAACACAAACAAAAGACUGAAGAAACUUGAUUCCAGGUACAAGGUGAUCAGUGUGUUAAAUAUGGCUGUACCUUCCAGUGAUGUUUGUUAUAUCGGUGACAAUGUAGCUGUAGUAGCUGCAUUCUAUCAACUGAAGUUUGUGGAUAUUAGGGGCGGUAUGACAUUCACCAGGUCCGUUGAUACAGAUGAUAGGUGUUAUGGACUGGCCUAUGGUAAUAAUCAGCUAUAUGUUAUAGAUGGCAAGUCCGUCUAUAUAUACAGUAAAGAUGGUAUAAGGCAACGUAUUCUAUAUACUCAUCAGUCUAAUUUGCGCAGUAAUAAAAUUGCACUAAAUGAUGAUGGGAGUUUGAUAUACAUCUCAAACUUAAAUGGUGGACUUGUUACCAUUGACAGCUCAGGAAACCACCUGUACACAUUUACUGAUUCAGAACUCGGUGGAGCCAGUGGAGUUUGUGUAGAUGGUGAAGGUCAUGUCUUGGUACCUGGCUAUUCCUCAGGCAAGAUACUACAGCUUAGUUCUGAUGGUAAGAAGAAACUGGGAAUCAUAUCACAAGGAUCUGAUUACAUAUACUCGACAAAAACAUUGUGUUUUGAUAAAGAAAAUACAGUCUUGGUAGUAGCUGGUAAUGAUGAUAAUAUUACGGUUUUAAAACUGCAGUAAAAAAAAAACAUAUCUGUGACUUGACUGUUAAAUGUAUACGACAAAAAAGUAAUGUUUAUGGUAUUUUUAAUAAAUGUGCAUGUUGAAAUUUUAUUUUGGUUUCGCCUCCUUACAUCGCCUUAUGUUUGUGUUGCGAGAAUGUGAAUGUCGUACAAGAGUAGGUAUUAAAAUGUUUUAAA